GAGCUGUCACCAUGGUGAUGGGCUAUAUACAGGGAGAUUGCGAUCCGUCGCCACUCGGUUAAUCAUGUUCACCGGCUUUGGCUGCUGCGACAAAACACAGGGUCUCCCGAGUCAGGGAGAGACGAGAAAAUUAAAUGCAAAUGACCUUGCACCUCCCUGUCUGACAUAUCAGCUACAAGGUAGUGAUGUAAAAUACCAUCUUCCACAGAAACAAUUAUUGCCAAGUGUUGAAAAGAACGAUGGAUACCUGUCCAACUGGCCUGGACACGUCGGUGGAGAGAUUGUUCAACAAAAACAAACGUUUCAACCAUCAAAUGUCAAGAGAUACCAUGGAUUUGAUAUUACAAAUACGAACAGUGCUCCAAAACCUCGAUUUUUGCAACAGCUGGAAACACAUCUAAGGAAAGAGCUCCAAGUCUUGGACUUAAGUGGGCCCAACGCUCAGGAAGUAAACCUACAAGCUUAUCGUGAGGUUUUUGAAUAUUUCAUUGAGGAUUUAAAAACCUACAAACCAUUGCUAUCAGCCAUAAAGAAUGAAUAUGAAAUUACCAUAGCUCACCUGCGAAACCGAAUCCGAGAGUUGGAGCCUUUGAAAAGCUUGCUGGUUGCCACGUCAGAGACCUGCGAACAGAGGAUUAUUGCCCUACAAGAAGAGGAAAAGUUUGAGAUUCAAUCACUAAAGAAGGAAAAAAUAGAGCUACUGGACAAAAUUGAUCAUUUACUGAAGGUGCAAGAUUCUCUAGAGACUCAGGUCAGUUAACUCAU